UUCUUCUUAUUGUUAUUUAUUGUUUACGCUGUAAAUAACGCUGUUUGGUGGCAUGUGGUUGUGUACUCACGUGUACACAGCGUUAGCCGGGUAGCAGCACAUUUAAGCUAGCAGGGCUGAGAGUGCAGCUCUACAAAGUGAGCAGAGAGAGAACAACGGAGAGCGGUGUGAACAGGCUCGCUGCUGAACCGAGGAGCCAUCAGGACGGGACUCCUCCAUAUCCUACCACACCUCUGCUCCUCCUUCGAACUGCCUCCCCCAGCCGCUGGAUCCGGAGCGGGAGCUACUCUGGAAGGGAUCAACGUGAAUCUGUACUUUUUCCUCUUUUUGUUUAAAUCGGAAUGGGUUUUGAAAAGACCUGACCUGGAUGCUUUGCUGUGAACGUGCUCUUUAAAAAACCGCGCCGGUGGAGUUUGCCAACUUUUGUGGAGGUCGCUUGUGAAGUCAAUCCGGGAGGGGGAACUGAACCUAAAGCAGACAUGGAUCAAGCCAGCGGUGGAGAGGACCCGGGUAAACCCUCUAAAAAGAAAUCCGGCGAGGAUGAGGGCAAAAACAAAAAGCUGAACAUACACAUAAAAACAUUGGCUGAUGAUAUGCGUGAUCGUAUUACCAGUUUCAGGAAAACGGGGAAUAAGAAGGAGAAGCUCCUUAUACAGCACCCAACAGAUCCGCUCUCUAUCCAGGCUGAACUGCCCGUUCCUCAGCCGCUGUUUGACGACCGCUCCAUGAACCUCUCGGAAAAGGAGAUCAUCGACCUCUUUGAAAAGAUGAUGGAGGACAUGAACCUGAAUGAGGAACGAAAACAGCCCCUGCGUGGAAAAGACUUAAGCACCAAACGUGAGAUGGUGGUCCAGUACAUUUCCGCCACUGCCAAAUCCAUAACUGGGAGCAAAGUUCCGGGUGGACUAAGGAACAGUAAGCAUGAGUGUACACUUUCAUCGCAAGAAUAUGUCCACGAGCUGCGUUCUGGCAUCACAGAAGAAAAGCUGCUCAAUUGCCUGGAGUCCCUCAGAGUGUCUCUCACCAGUAACCCUGUCAGCUGGGUGAAUAACUUCGGUCAUGAUGGUCUUGGUCUUCUUCUGGAUGCUUUGGAGAAGCUGCUGGACAAGAAACAGCAAGAGAGUAUUGAUAAAAGGAACCAGCAUAAACUUAUCCAGUGCUUGAAGGCUUUCAUGAACAAUAAGUAUGGACUGCAAAGGAUCUUGGGAGAUGAGCGGAGCCUGUUGCUGCUGGCUCGAGCCAUUGACCCCAAACAGACCAACAUGAUGACAGAGAUUGUCAAGAUUCUCUCUGCCUUUUGUAUUAUUGGGGAGGAAAACAUCUUGGAUAAGAUAUUAGCGGCCAUGACAAUUGCUGCAGAGAGGAACAAUAAAGAGAGAUUUGCCCCAAUCGUUGAAGGGCUGGAGAACCAUGAAGCGCAGCAGCUCCAGGUUGCCUGCAUGCAGCUGAUCAACGCUCUGGUCACCUCCCCGGACGACCUCGACUUCCGGAUACAUCUGCGGAACGAGUUCUUGAGAUGUGGCCUCAAGAAGAUCCUGCCUGAACUAAAAGAGACGGAGGAACUUGACAUCCAGCUGAAGGUGUUCAAUGAGAACAAGGAGGAGGACUCUAUUGAACUCUCCCAUCGCCUGGAUGACAUCCGUGCUGAGAUGGAUGAUAUGAAUGAAGUGUACCAUCUCCUGUCCAAUAUGGUGAAAGACACCGGCUCAGAGACGUACUUCCUGUCCAUCCUUCAGCACCUACUGCUCAUCAGGAAUGACUAUUACAUCAGGCCUCAGUACUACAAGGUGAUAGAAGAAUGCGUGUCUCAGGUGGUCCUGCAUCGCAGUGGGAUGGACCCCGACUUCGGCUACAGUAAAAGAUUGGACGUCGACUUCACCCAUCUGACUGAUCAGUGUGUGGAUAAAGCCAAAGUUGACGAGAGUGAGCAGAAAGCGGCCGAGUUCUCCAAAAAGUUUGAUGAGGAGUUCAGUGCACGGCAGGAGGCCCAGGCAGAGUCUCAAAAGAAGGAAGAGAGAAUCAAAGAGUUGGAGGGGAAGAUCCAGGCCCUGGAGUCCCAGUUAACUAAUGAAAAAGACAAGCUCACAGAGGCUCAGAGACUCAUCAGGGAAUCUGAAGCCAAGAUUGCAGCAGGUCCACCUGCGUCAGGAGCAGCACCUCCACUAGCAGGGGGUGCAGCAGCUCCUCCUCCUCCUCCACCUCCUCCGCCACCGCCACCUGGUGGAUGUCCUCCUCCUCCACCUCCUCCUCCUCCUCUUUUCGGCCAUGCAGGCAUUCCACCGCCACCUCCGCCACCUCCUCCUCCAGGUGGAGGACCUCCACCACCCCCAGGUUGUGGGCCCCCGCCUCCUCCGCCUUUCUUUGGGGGCCUAGGUGGGCCUCUGCCACCUCCAUCAUUACCUGUCGUCAAGCUGCCUUAUGGGCUGGAGCCCAAAAAGACCUACAAGCCUGAAGCUGUGAUGAAGAGGGUCAACUGGACCAAGAUAGUGCCUCAGGAAAUGGCAGAGAAUUGCUUCUGGAUCAAAGUCAAAGAAGAGAAGUUUGAGAAUCCUGACCUAUUUGCUCAGCUCUCCCUCUGCUUCUCCUCACAGAGCAAAGUGAAAAAAGACACGAAGGAUGAAACUGACGACAAGACGCCUCAAUUCAAGAAAAAGGUGAAAGAGCUUCGCAUCUUGGACGCAAAGACAGCACAGAAUCUUUCAAUUUUCUUGGGCUCGUUCCGCCUGCCUUAUGAAGAGAUCCGGGACAUUGUGCUGGAGGUGGACGAGGAUAGACUGAGCGAAUCACUCAUCCAGAACCUGAUAAAGAACCUUCCAGAGCAGAAAGAGCUGAGCGCACUAGCGGAACUAAAGGGUGAAUAUGAAGAGCUGGUGGAGUCGGAGCAGUUCAGCAUUGUGAUGAGUUCGGUGAAGCUCCUUCGGUCGCGUCUCAACGGCAUUCUGUUCAAGCUGACGUUCGAGGAGCAGGUGAACAACAUCCGACCGGAUAUCAUGAAUGUGACGUUUGCCUGCGAGGAGGUGAAGAAGAGCGAAAGCUUCAGCAAACUCCUGGAGUUGGUGUUGCUGGUCGGCAAUUACAUGAAUGCGGGCUCGAGGAAUGCUCAGACGUUUGGUUUCAACGUCAAUUUCCUCUGCAAGCUGCGGGACACAAAAUCCAUCGGUCACAAUACAACACUUCUUCACUUCCUGGCUCAGAAGUGUGAAGAGAGUCAUCCAGAGAUCUUGGGUUUUCCGGACGAGCUGGAACAUGUGGAGAACGCCAGCAAAGUGUCCGCUGAGAUCUUGAAAAGCAGCUUGACGACCAUGGAGCGUCAAAUUCAGAGGCUGGAGAACGACAUCGAGAACUUCCCCAAAAAAGAUGACCAGCAAGAUAAGUUUGUGGAAAAACUGUCGGGCUUCUGCAAGCAUGCCCGGGAGCAGUAUGAAAAACUUUCCACCAUGCAUAAGAACAUGCAGAAGCUCUACGAGAGCAUCGGCAACUAUUUUGCCUUUGACCCUCACUCCGUCAGCCUGGAAGAUUUCUUCGGAGAACUGGCCAACUUCCGCGUCCUCUACAUGGAAGCAGUGAAGGAGAACCACAAGAAGAGGGAGAUGGAGGAGAAGAUCAAGAGAGCCAAGCUGGCGAAGGAGAAAGCAGAGCGCGAGAAGCAGGAGCGCCAGCAGAAGAAGAAGCAGCUGAUUGACAUGAACAAAGAGGGAGAUGAAACUGGUGUGAUGGAUAGCCUAAUGGAAGCUCUACAGUCCGGAGCAGCCUUCCGUGAUCGACGAAAACGGACUCCACGCAACGAUGUCACCUCUGGGAGAAGCAGACAACCGCCGCGCAGUCCUGGAAAGGUCUCGUUCGCGCCACAACGCAAAUCACCAAGCUCGAUGAUCGCCCGCGCCUACCACAAGACGCUAGAUAAGUGCCAAAGAGGCCUGCGAGGUGGAGAUCCUGAAGACGACUGAGGGAGGAUCAGACCGUCCCUCACUGUGGCACGCACACAAACACACACACACACACACACACACACACACACACACACACACUCGCACAUACACACACAGCAACCAAGUUCAGAACAAAAAACUCCUAAAGAAGAACUGAAGGAUCUAUAUUACAUCACACAGACAUUUAAUUUUAAUGCCGCUCAUCUGACACAUUACAUAUUUAUUCAAUACUCCCGCUCUCUAAAUGCUCACGUCCUCUGUCGAUGGUUUCAUCCAUAAAAUGAAACGGUUCACACGCUGCUGCUGUUUGAAAAUGAACGUUUUUCACUGCUUGAAAAAGUCAGAGCCUUGAAUUUGAAACCUUUUCCGUCAAACUGUUCACGUACGGUUUGGACAUAGAAAGUGCUGUGUUUUGAAAGUGGACAUUCAGCCGAGAUGGACUGCACCAUUAUUGUAUGUUUAUCAUCCAGAGGAACGUACCACACACGGUUCAUUCUGCCCCCCCAUGUUGUCGAGUCUGCCACCUCCUGACGUCUCCUCCAACGAGGCAUCGAUCUCUAAACGGAAGAGGGAGUGGUGUGUUGUUGUUUUUUCCUUCCCUUUCUAUCCCUCCUUCAACCAUUAUCAAAACAAUUUUUUUACAAGUAGAUGUCUGAAAGAAUCCAGAUGAUUCAUUUUUAUUUCAUCUCCUCUAAAGCCACUAGAGCUGGACCCCGUGUUCGCCGAGAUUCCAGAGCAUGUGACUCACGGAUUUUAAAAAGUGUAAUCUCCAUUUUGACAAGAUGCAUUUUAUUUUUAGUUUGUAUAAUAUCCAACCGACGCCUCCGGGGGCUGAUCUCUGUCCCAAGGUCGCUUUUGCUGUUAACAUGAGAGACUGACAUAUUUCUAAAUGCAUAUAACUGCCUGGAGACGCUAACGUGAACUCUGUGACCUUCCCUGCAGUCACACAGGUUUCCAGUGGGUCUGACAGUACAAUGACAAACAAAAUGUUUUCAUUAUCAAACUAUUUCAAUCUGGGUAUUUGUCUUAUUUUAAUGUAGAAUUUAAAAUGACAUCUUUUGGAAACCGGUGGUGAAAAAUUUUAACAGCAGAUUUUCAGUUUUUUAUUUCCCCCAUUGAGAUUUCAAGAAAUGAAAAUAAGCUUUGGAGUGAAGCUGAAACUUUUAGUAUCACAAUAAGACAGAUAUAAUCUCCACAAAGAAACAUGGUAAUGUUUCCGCUUGUAUUCACAUUUCGAUAUAUUUAUCUAUAGAAUAUACAUAAAUAUAUUAAAAUUCACAUUUUGAUAUAUUUAUGGGGAGAGUAUACAACAGAUUGUGACAUAUAUUUAAGCCUAGAGGAACCACAGGCAUUAUUUUAUUCAUAAAUUGAAACGCCUUUGGGGAAAAGAGCAGUGAAAAUCUACUAAAGGAAACCCGUGGCUCAAACACUAAAGGGUUUUUAACACUCUAUUAAAGAGCCUGUUUCCUGGCGGGAUACUUCACAGUUGUUUUCAGUAACAUCUUCCAUCUGAUGGAGCUUUACAGCAUCAAAACAAUCCCCUAAAUCCUCCGUGUUUGUGCACCAAAUAGUGGAAAAUGGGCUCUAAGCUCUGUUCCUCAGUAAGGACCCACUGUCAUGAUUUCUUCACGUGAGCUAUUUAUUCAUAUAUUCAUGCUGAGGGCGGCCCUGUCCCCUCACUGUAAGCAGAUGCUACUAAAAACAACCACUGAAUCCACAUGGAGCGCGGCCACGACCAGAUUAAUCGACUAAGGGGGACGGCCGACAAGACGAUCCCUGUCUUAACAAGUGACUCUCCAAACGUCCUCAGAUUCCCCGGCACAUGGCAUAAGGGACCUUUUCCUAUAACACGGGUUCUUUAGUAAUACCACAACUCUGCUAAAGGCUUUUUGUAUGAGUGUGUGCCUGCACCAUUCCAGCUCAGUACUCUGAGCAGCCGCUCAGGCUAAAUAGGAUUCCGUGUGUUUGACUCCUGAGGUGAAGAGAUGGAGAUUUUUCAUUUAAACAAUCUGCCGGUGCUGCUCGUGAUGUGUCGGCUUCAUGACGCCUCCCCUCCCAGCCUGCAUGCUUCUGAAAAUGCAAUUUUAUACCUGGUCUCGGCUCAAGGUGCAUUCACAAAUCUGCAUAUUUGCGAAGUCAAUAAUUCUCUGAGUAUGAGGUUGGAGCAGUUGUAGAUGGAAGCCUAGAGAAGGAGGGAUGGUGCAUGGACGGGCGUUCGACGGAGGUGUGUUGUUACUUCCUUUUUUAAAUCGCCCUCCGUCCUCUCCACCAACACAGCUGUGCAGCCUCAAGUGUUAAAUAAGACUCUUUUGUAGAAGUUCUCAAUAAACACCAGUGUCUGCUGGGACAUUUGGUGUUUCUUCACUUUAUGAUUUGAUCAUGUUCACGCCACAGCAGCCAGUGGCUUCCUGUGUAACAUUUACAGUGUACAUUUGUUCUGAAGAAUUUGCCUAAUAACCUUUUUUCUUUAUUGUUUAAUCACCUUGAGAUAUUUUUUUUACCCCACAUGUGCCGCUUUUUGUUUAUUGGUUUGUUUUUGGGAAAACACCACAAUGACAGAAAAUCCUUUUUUUUUUUUUAGUUUUGGAUAUUAAAGGGAGUGCAGGUCUCUCUGACACUUUAAGAAAGAUUGUACAGACGUAAAAAAAAAACUUGAUUUAUUUAAUUUCAUUCAUCCUUUUAUGAAUAUUGAACUGAUUCUGAUUCUCAUUCUGAGUAUGAGAUUGUGAUGUGAUGACAAAAUUACAGUGCUGUGGUAUUUCUCAUCUGAAACACGCAAACAUCUUUUGUAAGAUGUCGUUAAUUUGGACUUAAAAAAAAAACGUGUGAUGACUUCAUCGUAGAACAUCAUGAGCAACAGUGUUAGCCAUUGUAGAAGUGUCAACAUGAACCAUUGUUUUGAUGGUGUGUAUAAUGCAUCAGAAAACAUUGGUUUUUGCCAUUUGUUAGACCAAGUGGCUGAAAUGUCAGAUUUUAAAUUAUUUUUUCUUAUUAAAAGAAACUAAAGCCUAAAAAACGUUCAACUGUUAAGAGAAACUUCUACAAUGACAACAUUCCUCAUCAGCCAUGUCAGUGAUUGUUGUAUUUUUCCUUCUAUCCCGUCUUUUAGGAUAAUCAGAGUUCUGUGUUUUAUAGAAAAUAGCAGCAGAGUUUCAGAUCUGAGGGUCUGAACUCUUCCGUCGUUUAGUGUGGGCCCUGACGCGCCGAUCAUCCCAUCGUCUUUUAGCUUGUGAACUAACAAACUGAGGUUAGGACUUGUGCUCAUGGUGAUUGUAAGAAUGAGGAGGCAGGGGUAUGAAACGAUUUAUCAAUACAUUUGCAAAGGUGCAUUUUUUUCCAUGGUGACUGGUGACGAGCGCUUUAAUUCAGAGAAAACUUACACCCACUGUGCACUUUACCUCACGAGAUAUUCUUCUCAGGCAGAGGAAGAGCCGACGUGUCUGACAUUGCCACUAACAGAGUGAACUAUUUGCAAAGUCUUUCUUCUGGUAAAUAGUUCCCAGCUGCCACAUAUCCAGUUCUUCCCUGGUUUGUUAGCGCUUUCUAUUGAUUUGCGGGAGGCCAAUUAUGGUUGAAUCAACAAACAACCCUCACAACUGUUGACAAACCCGCUCGGACCACAAUGUGUAAGCUGCCGUAUCCCUGCCUACCUUCCAUGUUGUCAUUGAGUUUGUUUUAUUGUCUUAAGAAACAUUUAUAUUUGUAACAUUUUAAGUUUAUUUGUAUCCUUAAGGACAUGAAAACAUGGUUAUGCACACUGUCCUUUCAUGGAAUAUGAUACUGAAUAAUAACCCCUUUUGUUAUAUAAACUUAUUUCUGAAAGAUA